AUGCAAUACUGUUAUCCACUGGACAACUCAUCAUGCAAUAGGAAUUUGCGACCUAAGUUUGAAUAUAUUAUUAUGUACCUCUUCUUUUUAUCAGUGUCAGUUUGCACUGUGAUUCUGAACCUGUUGGUGAUCAUCUCCAUCUCUCACUUCAAACAGCUGCAUACUCCAACCAACUUGCUCAUCCUUUCUAUGGCUGUGGCAGAUAUGAUUGUUGGAUUGUUUGUUAUGCCAUUGGAGGGCAUUCGAUUAAUUGAAACAUGCUGGUAUUUUGGAGAUGUGUUUUGUGUAUCAUUUCCAGUCGUUCUGUUUGUGGUUGUUUCUGCUUCUCUUGGUAAUAUAGUCUUUAUAUCUGUUGACCGAUAUAUUGCAGUGAGUGAUCCUUUGCAUUACACCUUUAAAGUGACUCUUCAUAAGGCUACAUUUUGUAUCUCUAUUACCUGGUUAUGCUCCUCCGUUUAUUCUGUGUGUAUGCUACACAAUCAUAUAUUUUAUGCAGAGACAAGAAGCACAUGCCAUGGCGAGUGUCGUCUUGUCAUCAGUUUCAUUUGGGUGGUCAUUGACGUCUUUGUUUCAUUGCUUGCCCCUUGUCUCAUUGUUAUAGUAUUAUACUUGAGAAUUUACUGUGUAGCAAAGUAUCAGGUCAAGGUUAUUAACUCUGUAACAGUUAGCACCAAACUUGGAGGUAAUGGUCACACUCUUAAAAAGUCUGAAAGGAAAGCAGCAAAAACCUUAGGUAUUACUGUUGUCAUUUAUCUUCUUUGUUGGAUGCCGUAUUACAUUUUGACUCUUUCACUGGAAAAGAUCACAUCUUUAUCUCUUCUGGAGACUUUUCUUCGUUGGUUUAUGUACCUGAAUUCAUGUAUGAAUCCAAUUAUUUAUGCCCUGAAUUAUCCAUGGUUUAAAAUAUCAGCCAAACUCAUUUUAAAUCUUAAAAUAUUUGAGAAGUCAUCAUCAUACUUAAAUUUAUUUACAGAUGAAAUGUAA